GCUCCAUUUGAAUCCAAAGAACUCCACGAGCCACUUGAACCACUCGAACCACAAUCAGAUUCCGUCUUAGAUUCCGUCCAUUCCGUCUUGAAGGAUUUCAAUCCUCAGCUUUUUGCAGCUUGUGCCCGUGGUGAUCCAGUGAACACCAAGAAACUCCUCACGAAGGCCGACGUCAACAGCAAAGACUAUGGAGGUCGGACUCCGUUGCACCUGGCAUGUGGAUGUAAAUCUGCCGGUGCCAAAGAGGUGGUGCAGUUGUUGUUGAAAAAUGGCGCAGAUGCAAAUGCUGUGGACAAUUUAGGCAUGACACCCAUGGAUGUUGCGGUGAAAAUCCAAAAUCCUUCCAUCCGAAAUCUGUUGGAAGAAAGUGGUGUAGAACUUCAGGCAGCUUUGGAGCAAAAGGCAAGAGAGAGUUCGUGGCUGCUGAAAUCUUCUGACUUCAAACUCCGGAAGGAAAUCGGAAACACCUUGAAGAGUGUGGUGCAUUUGGCAGAUUGGAAUGGAACAGCAGUGGUGGUGAAAUUCAUCAAGAUGCAGCAUCGGGUUGUGAUGAAAAGACUCAAAAGUCCAACAGCCUCUAUUUGUCGCUCCCCAGCGAUGAACUGGAGGCGUUGGAUGGUCCCACAGAGAUGGUGCCGACCAAAUCAGAUCCAGAGAUUCAGCAUGCUUAUCAUGCUUGCACGGAGGAAUUGUUACAUGAGAUCCAAUUGUUGUCCUCCCUUCGUCAUCCUGACUUGGUCCUUUUCUUGGGUGCUUGUUUGGAACCCGAUAUGCCUGCCAUGUUUGUCACCGAGUACAUGCCCAAAGGUGAUGUUGAGCGCUACUUGUACAACAUGA